AUGGGCAAGGGGAUGAAAAAAACAGCUCCAGCUCGUGCUAUGAAGAAGCCGGCAUGCACGAAGAAGACGGAGGUGAAGGCCAAGAAGCGUAAAGUUACGCCUAUGACAAUGACAAAGUUCGUCCUCAGCCAGUUUAUCGACUACAUGCUGAAGGUGCUCUCGCCAGCGGCAGAGAGCUGGGUACAGCCGGAGACAGCGCUACGCUGGAGCUCCGCCUUCGACGGCCUGAAUACACCAGGCUACGUCCUGCAAGCUCUCCUGGGCAAAGGGAGUUCCCACGCCUGGGGAGCCGAGAUAGCUCCAGCAGCAGCAGCAUGGUCGUUGCGGCGGGGUCGGCCAGGCCACCUCUACGAGGACAGAUGUGCAGCGAAGGACGUGGCCCACACAUGCGAUGCAGCAGGCGGCUGGUGUAACAAACAUGGACAGCGCUGUGCAUUGGAACCGGGGGGGGAACUUUUCAUCGCCGGAUGGGUGUGCAAAGAUUCUUCCGUACAAAACGCGGCGAAGCGGUACAAGCAGGACCCGACAAACUCAGAAACGUCGGUGUCGGAGGCCACGUUCCAACAAGCCGUCUCCUCCAUCCUGCACAACAAACCGAAGUUUUUUAUCCUCGAGAAUGUGCUUGGUGUCAGGAAGCCCGUGAAGAAGAAGGCGGAGGACGAGCAGGAGCCCGUCAGGCGGGCGACCCCACUGGACCACUACAUGGCAGUUCUGACUGGCCUACACGACGGGGCCUAUCAGGUCGCUGCAGUCGAUGUGAGCUCCCGCCCACUCCCAGAGAAGCGAGAGCGAGUGUACAUCCUCGGUACUUUGCGUUCAAGCGGUGCUUAUCAAGCAGACAAGUGGGCUGAAGAAGUAAUGCUUUUGGAGAAGCAAGCCUCGACGAUGCCAGUCCAUCACCUUCGCACCAUGGGUAUCGGGAAGGGGUCGGGGAAUCCCAAGCCGGAUGCAAAGGGUGAGAAAAAAGUCGAGGAGUUCAAUCAGUGGCAGUUUGAAUCCGAAUAUCAUGAAAGGUUCGCAUCUGUCUUGACCUCGGCGAUGGACGCGGGCAAAAUUCCGAAGGACACAGACGUGCCCCGAGUCGUCGAUCGCCCGAGCCAGAAGCUGCAGGGCUUGGUUGGUGCCACUGCAUGGCAGCUCGCGAACGCCGACGUGCUGCAUAUGAUGCUCGAGGCCCAGCUCAAGUCAGAUUACAUUCCGGACCCGCUACCUCUGGCAGACAUCAGUCAAAGCGCUGCCUGGGGCAAGAUAUGUUGUACUGGAGAGUGGUUCACCCUCACCACAGCGACACGAAUUUUGGACUUUACCACGGGCAAGAUUUUGUCACCGUCUCUUCACUUCCAGAUGUUGGGAUAUAUGCCAGAAGACGUCAAGGAUGAGAUGCUCAAGUUCUGGUCAGACAAGGAAUUGUAUGACAUGACCGGAAACACGAUGUCAGUGGCAGCACUGGUCAAAGUGUUGCUGCCGUUCGUGCAUCAGCGUCAGCUGCA